GUACUCUCGUGUUUCUCCUUCUUUGAUUGUGGGUGCUUUACCACUCAAAAAGUCCUGGGAUAAAUGGCAGGCAGAUGAAAAUAUCACACAUAUAGUGAGCAUGUUGGAACCAUUCGAAGUAAAAUCAUUUGUCAUAGGAGAAAAGGAUGCUGUGAAUCAAGGCAUUAAAUAUCUCUCUCUACCAGUUCGUGACUUUGUGGGAGUUCCUACAUUUGAGCAGAUUGAUGCUGGAAUUACAUUUAUCAACUCUUGUGUACAAUCAAACGGAUGCGUGUAUAUUCAUUGUAAAGCCGGUCGUACACGUUCAGCAUUCUUAUUAACUUGUUAUUUCAUGUAUACAGAAUCUUUAAGUGUUGAUGAAGCGAUUGGUCGUGUCAAAUCCUUUAGAAAACACAUAGUUUUCAGGUCAAUGCAUAAAAUAGGUUUAGAAAAUUACUUCAAAUUUUUAAAUGGUAGUAAAAAAAGUGAAAAUGUAACAAGUUGAUAAUGGCUCGUUAUUCAACUGUAUUAACUCAUCAAACUUUAAUACUUUUGGAAAUCAUUUCCAUUGGCCUGGCAUGCUAUAAAUAUGCAUCGGACAAUCUUUUGAAUGUGUAUAAUCUUAAACUAUUGCCAAUUCUAAUCAGGGAAAAUCCUUUAUUAUUCGUGCAAUGUUUUCAACAAAAAAGUCCGUCUAUUUUUACGAAUCAUUUAUUCAUCUUUACUUUGUGCGUUUUUAUUACUUGUACAAAUCUAAAUUCAGUAUGAAAAGAGACCUAUUUUCUUUUAUUGAGUUGUUGUGUGAAAUAGUUUUUCUUUUGAUUAUCAUACAACUGUUUAAUAUACUUUUUUUAAAUGAGAAAGUUAACACUAAAUUAGAUUGAGCAAAUGUAUUGUUCACUGUUCAGAAUAAAUUUAUUUAGAUAAAAAUAUGUUUUCCUUUCUCAUAUCACAUUGUAAUGAUUGGUUGGAGCAUUUUAUGUUCUUGAUUUAUGCUCUGACGAUUACUGUUAAAUCUUUAGUUCAAGGAUAAUCUAGAUAGUGAACUAUUCUAUAGUAGUUGCUUUACUUUUAUACCUUUUGAUCAAAUGUGUUUGGUCUCACAUUUUACUUAGAGUAGUUCUAUAUCUAUUACUAGUAAAGUAACAAUUAAAAGGGAACCACAUACAUCAGUCUCACGUCAUUGACUUACCCACAACUAAAAGUGUUAUAAAAUACUUCGGUUAUUUGCAUUAUGCGUUUGUUCAGGCAACUUGUUACAACUUAGGUAAUGUGAGCAUUGAUAAAUCAGUUAAGAUUCAUUGCCAAUAAACUCGAUGACAUAUGAGUGAAGCAAUUGGGCGCUAUUUAAUCUAGCUGGGCAACAUCACUGGGUGGCAUUGGAGGCUUUCAAUCACUCAUAUCACUCAGUAACUUAUAUGAUGAGGUUUUCCUGUCUUCAUUAUCAUCUUAAUUCGAAUAAAACAUUUAUUAGGAUAUCCAGUAAACUCUAUCAAGUUUUACAGCUAAAGCAGUUUAGUGUGGAUAAAUAGUGUCCCCUUUUUAGGUUUUAUGUGAACAUCAGGGGUAUAAAAAGCAUAAAAACUCUUCAUUUUUCACCAAGGCAGUUGAUUGUGCUACUGUGUUUUUUCUGGAACUAGGACUUGUAUUGUUCUGUCUGAUUACUACAUAGUUUCUCAUUGCUGAUUGCAUGGAUUAAGGCAAAGCGAAGCGCAAAAUAUUUAGUUGGUCGAAGUUAAAAAUUAUCUCAGGUGUAAAAAUAGGUUUGAUUGUUCAAUUCUUUCAAUUGAAGUUAGUUUCCGCAUACGAUUACAGAUUCCUUAGUUUGGAAACUGUAAUGAGGAUUGAACGUUUUAGUCAAAACCAACCUAUUUUGUAAUAUUGGCUGAUUUUAGUUUUUAAAAUCAAUGCUAGGACGAGAAAAAGGACUUAGAUGGUUUUACUGUCAUGUUGAGUUCAACAACACUCUUUCUAAACUAAAUAGUUCGUAGAUUUUGAAAACCAAAGCAGAUUUAUUUUUAGCUGUUUGUUUAUGAUCUUAAAGCUUUUUCUUGACUCCAGUGUUGCGGUCAGCAUCGAUAGGAUACUUUGAUAUUAAGUUUCUUGGGAUUCCUUCCUAAGAAAAUGCUAACUGAUACUCUACAAAAUUUAAUAUUCUGCUAAUUUUUAGUCCUAAAGUCGGUAUGUCUCGUUGAGUUGUAAAAACCUCCAUUGUGGACUUCAUCUAUUUUGCUAUUAUUGUGUAGUCAUCAUGGUUUUAAUCAUUCGUAUUCAUUACUUUUUAUUUAUAUCCUAAGAAAAUAGUUUCUCAUUCUCAAGUUGAGUUGUAUCUUUUCGGAUAUACGGUUUUACUUUCUUUAAAGUUUUUUUUUGAAAGUUAUAGGUACAUUUGAAUAGGAAGGUUUUGAUUUCGAACGAUUUCAGCCCACUAAUCCAAAAUAUUCACCUAAGAACUAAUCAAGGCCUUUUGAAAGGUUUAUUAAAUAGUUUUGGUAAAUGCAUUUAUACACCUUAUCUUUGAUUCUACGGUAACUAGGAGGUUCACUAUUACCUUUCUUAUUUUGUGUUUUAUAGUAUGAAUAGGUCUGCCGGAAACGUUCGUGAACCGCAUGAUGAUAUAUUAGUCAUCGAUAGUGAUGCUGACAUCAAGGAUUAUAUUCAUUCAUCUUGUGGUAGUGACGAAGAGGAGGGGUUCGAUCCAAAUAUAGCUUCUACUGAAUUGAAACAAAAUAAACCUGACUAUCCAGUUGAAACAUGUGAUGGUUCUCCAGGACGAAUUCGUCAGAGGGUGGUGAAGGAAAAAGAAGUGAAUGAUAGGUUUAGUUUGAACACGUGUCCUGCUGAAAUAAAGCAAAGAAAAUAUAAUGAUUCUACCAAAGUGUGUAAUAAUUCUGAGGAACAGUUUUGUCACAGAACAGUGAAAAAGGAAGAUACAGGUACUUCCGAACUGGAUUCAAAUGGAGAUCUUCAAUUCAAAUCUUUAAUUCUUGGAUAUCACACAUCAUUUACAAACAUAUAUGCAAAUUAUAAUUGUUACCAUUUAUGUUUAAUACUAGCCUUAAUUCUAAGACUUGUGCUAGUUAUUUUCUCUGUAUGGCAGGAUACAGUUCGUUGGCCGGACGGCCAACUACGAUUCACGGAUGUGGAUUACGAUGUGUUUUCUGAUGCUGCUCAAGCUUUUGUCGCUGGGGAAAAUAUUUAUAUUGAGCGUCCCACUUAUAGAUAUUCACCACUUAUUGCUGUUGUUCUCGCUCCUGGUUACUGGUUAUUUUCUGACGGUAAAUAUUCAGACACUGAUAGAAAAGAAGUGAAUAUUAGUUCAGAUUUUGUUGACUUAUCAGUAGAACCACAGUUCCGAUCGUCAAAACACAUAACUCCUCCUUCUCUCGCUCGUCUUUGGGGUAAAUUAUUAUUCAUCACGGCUGAUUUAAUCUGUGGUUGCAUACAAUAUAGAAUUAUUCAAGAUAAACAGUUUCUGAACAGUUUACCAAAUCCAAAUACUGUCAAUCGAAAUAAAAAAAUUCGACGAAGUUCCAUUUCGUUCAAUACAGAUCAAUUAGCAUUAUAUCUUGUUAGUUUCAGUUGGUUAUUCAAUCCUGUUACAUCAGUAGUCUCUGCUCGUGGUAAUGCAGAUGGAUUACAAAGUUGUGUUGUUUUAGCAUGCCUAUGUUGUAUUCUAAACCGUCGGAUCAUUCCAGCUGGAUUUUUAUAUGGGUUAUCUAUUCAUUUACGUAUAUUUCCAAUCAUUUAUGCACCAUCUAUCUAUUUAUGGCUGAUAAUGACUGAUAAUAGUCAUAACAAGGAUAAUCAAAAGAAAAAUGAAGCAUCGACACAACAAUCUCAAAGUGUGUUUUCAAUUUUGUUCAAAUUACCAAACCGAAAUCAUUAUCUUUUUGGUAUCAGCUGUUUACUUAGUUUGACGAUAUUGACGGGAUUAUGUUAUUUAUAUUUCGGUGGAAUGCUGUUUCUGCAACAAGCCUAUUUCUAUCACUUUACUCGGUCAGAUUUUAAACAUAAUUUUGCUCCGCACUUUUUAAGUGUUUAUUUACUCUCCGGAAAGAAAUGGAUAGCUGAAAAACAAACAUUGCCUAUAUAUGAUUUACGUCAAUGGUUGAAUAAUGCGUGGAAUGAUUUAUCUACUUUAAUAGCUUACUGGGGUGAUAUUAAUAGUGGUGGAUAUUCUUACUCAAUAUGGAAUUUAUUGUUAAAAAAUCUUAGUACACCUGUGGUUUUGGAGCGUUUAUUUAAUGUAACUUCAAUUAUACCGUGUAUAAUUCUAAUUCCAUGUUUGUCUUUUAAACUGUAUUCCAACAUAAGUCUGUGCUGGUUCGCGCUUACCUACAUGUUUGUCACAUUUAAUAGGGUAUGCACGGCUCAGUAUUUUCUAUGGAGCAUAUGCCUUCUUCCAGUUGCUUUGGCUGAUAUACGUCUACCUUCAAGUAUUACACCAUAUCGUGCUAUAGUACAAAAUUUAAUGUUAUGGUUUGGAUCUCAAGGUAUAUGGCUUGCUUCUGCUUAUGCACUAGAAAUGUGUACAUUACAAAAACCAUUUCUAAAUCAUAUCAUUUGGAUAAUUGUUUGGAUAGCAUCUUUAAACUUUUUUGCCUGUAAUAUUUUCAUUUUGUCUCGUUUAAUCAGUUGGCGUAAUAGAUCUUUAUCAAACAAUCAUCAAGAAAUUUCAUCAUCAGAAGUUAUUAAUUAUAAAACUACCGUUUCUCCUAUUAUUGAUUCUACUAUUACUGUAACAACCAAUACUACUACUACAACUUAUCAGACAUAUCGCAUAUCUAACAAAAAGAUUUUAUGACAAAAUCAUUGGAUUGUUUGUUUAUUUGUUUUUCUUUAUUUCAACAUGAACAAUCCAUUUAACUUUGUUUAUUGUUGAUCAUAUUGAUAAUUGAUUAAAAGAAUUUAUUUUUGUUUAUUUACAUUCUUCAUUGAAAGAGCAUCGGUGAAAUAACUAAAAUCUAUUUUAUUAUUUGAUAAAUAAUUGAAUUUUUCUUUUCCCCUACUAAAUUUCGUUUUUUUGUAUAAACAUUAAUUUUCUUUUGAUUUCAUUUUAUAUCUUUAUGUGUUGUUGAUAAAUUGAACAUAAAGAGAAAAUUCUCUUUGCAUAUGUUGUACAUGUAAUUGAACUGUUCAAUAUCAUUUUUAAUGUAUCUA